UUUAGCCGGCUCCGCCAUAUUGAAAAUGGUGCAAUACUCUUCUAUUUGGUUAUGUAGGACAACACCAAAAUUCCUAUCAUGAACACAAGAAUUCCUAUCAUGUCCAGUCCCUCUUUCCCCCACGUGUGCCAUCUGAACUCAAUAUGGCGAUCGCGUGGUUUUCAUGUAGAGAAUGUUUUUCUUACACUUUAUUUAGGCUAAAAGGAAUCUAUCGCCUUGCUUUCCGUACUAAUCGCUACUUCACAACUCCAGAUCUUGGAUCUGCUGUCAGCUGGAAAGAGGAGAAAGGUUUGAUCGUCGAUGAUCGUAGCCAAAAGUCUUCCAAGAAAGAUGAUCUAAAGUUUCCUCGUCACUGGAAGGCAAAAACUCAACAAAAGACGCCAAAGGGUCAACAAGAAAUACCACCUCAUGAAGCCUUGAACUUAUACCGAUACGUGAAGAAACUGGAAACAACUUUAGGGCGCGGUAAAGGUUCCAUUUCGAAAAGAUGGUCGUAUCUUCUAACAAAAUACCUCAAAGCAUACAAUAAGCUAAAUUGUUCUUCUGCUUUGUUAUCCGAAUCACCUCGGAUUCUUGGCCUGACACCAAAGCUUCUUGAAGAGAGAUUGAAUUUCCUCUCCCAGAUAGGGAUCACUGGAAGGGAUGCCUUGAUAAUUGCUCUGGAGUUUCCUGCCAUCCUUUCGUGGGAUUCACCCAACUUUAUUGAGAUGCUGAAAGUGCUCAAAGAUUUGAACUGUGAUAUCGUCACCUUAAUGUUUAAAACACCAUAUGUCUUCAGCCUUGAUCAGAGCAGAGUUCAAGAAAAUAUCCGCAAACUUACAUCAGCUGGGAUCGCAAAAAAUAUCAUUGGGAAAAUCAUUUCAAAUAAUCCUCUGCUUCUCAGCUUCCCGCUUAGAGAGGAGUCUUUAGAGAUUGUUUCUCUUUUGCUUAAUUCGCAUAAGAAGUUACAAUCAGAAUUGACAGGCAAAAGCCUUAAGGAAGAGGAGGCAGUCCUAAACUUAAUCCUUCACUCUGCUGAGAAAUUUAAAGAGCAGGUCGAUUUGCAGGAAAAUUUCAAGGAAGUCAUAAGUUUUCUUGAAGAAAUGGAGGUAUCCCCACUUAUCAUUGCAGUCACAAACCCAGUAAUCUUUUCUACUGAUGUUGAUACUUUGAGUACUUCAGUGGCAUUUUUGAGGAGCAAGCCCCUUUUGCUAGAUAUGGAGGCAGUGCAGCACCUUCUGAUUACAAAGCCAGAAAUAUUUGUAAAUUUGGACUCUGUGAAAAAUAGGAUUCAGCUGCUUUGUGAUAUUGUCCAAAACCCAACAGUACUUUACAGUCUUGUCAAAACAAGACAGUUUUUGUUUGACAGCAAAAAUUCUACUGUGGAGGCUGUUAUCAAAUGGUUUCAGGAUAGAGGUAUCAAGAACAAAGAGAUUGCUCAUGUCAUGACAGCAAAAAACUUCUUUUUCCUCGAGAAAGAGGAAUUGGAUGAGAAACUGGAAUAUCUAUUGUCAGUUGGAGUGAAAGUUGAAGAUGUCAUUAAACAUCCAUCAUGUCUUUUGAAACCCAUCGCUCAUCUUAAAGAGAGAGUUGAGUUUGUAAAAGCAGAAAAACCAGAAGUUUUAAGCAACAGAAGCCUUGAUGAUGUUAUGUUAUCAAAGAAUGAGCUCUUUGCUAAUGAGGUGUGUGGAUCAACACUGGAAAACUACACAGAAUUUGUUCAAUCACUGAACAAGGAGUUUGUUAAGGCUGGCAAAAAGAAGUGAUUAGUUGAAUGAUUGCACCCAAUACUUCCUGUCUCUAAAUAAUUUGCACUUCUUGUUCUUGUAAAUGACUUCUUAAAAUUGAGAGAUAAAACAUUUGAUAGAAUGUUGCCCUUCUAAUUCAACAGUUUCUAACCUGAGAGGAAACUAAGAACAUUGAGAUAUGAAGUUUGAAUAAGGCAAACUGUGGCAUUGAAAUGAAGAAAUUGUCCAAGGUUGUAUGAAGUGAGAUCCAUACACAAUUUUUUUGGUAAUUUUACUAGAAUCCUGGAAUUAAAAUGUCAAGUUUGAUGAUAACUGUAUCCAAUGACCGCUGACAUGUCAUACAUUGUGAACCUUAAAAAGGCAAUAAAAUGUUAAAUUGAAUCUUCAACUUA